AUGUUAGUGGAAAAGCCAAAGAAUGAUAAACAGUUGGCAGAAAGCAAUCCCUCUAAUAUUUUUGAUUUAUUCAUUGAUUUGCAACAGGUCUUAUUCUGUCCUACCUUACAUCAUUCCAGCGUAUUUUACCAAUGUCAGCUGUCAAAUUACAAUUUGGAUAUACAUGAUGCGCCAUCUAACAAUGCGUUUAUGAUGCUGUGGAAUGAAACAGUAGCAAAACGAGGGGCCAUAGAAAUUUCGUCAUGUUUACUGAGGUACGCAAAAGAACAUUUCCAGCCAUUGCAAACAGGUGAAAGAAGACAGCUAAUAAUAUGGUCAGACAGAUGUGUGGGACAGAACAAUAACUGGCGAAUGAUUACAACUUUAAAACUUUUGGUGGACCUAAAUUAUUUCACAGAAGUGCACCAAAAAUUUCUCUCAACUGGACACAGCUUCCUGCCCUGCGAUAGGGACUUUUCCCUAAUAGAAAAAAAGAAAAAAACUAUGAAAGUUUUCGUACCAUUGAAGUGGAUGGAAGUAAUUGCCAACGCAAGGGAAAGUAAGCCUUUUUAUGUUUUGUACAUGCAAAGAGAGGAUUUUAAAAAUCUGAGAGAUUUGGAAAAAGCUCUUCACAGAAAUCCCAAAUUUAAACUUACGGAAUCACUAUGGAAUAAAAUUAGUUCCAAAGACCCAAAUACAUUAUUUACAAGAGAAAUAAAUUCAUAA